AUGUGGGGGUGGUCGCUCCUCGUCUCGCUGGCGCCACCGUCGGCGCUGUCGCGGCUCCCAGCUGCGACGCCGAGAUACUUGCGCGCACCUGGCGUGCGCCUUUCGCUCGACGCCUCCGCGCUGAGCGCAGUGGGUGAGGUGGAGGACGCUGCGCCCGCACCCGACCUGCGCCUCGUCGCACCCGCAAAGGUGAACCUCUUCCUGCGCGUGGUGGGCAAGCGGCCGGACGGAUUCCACGAACUGGCAUCGCUGUUUCAGACCGUCUCGCUCUUCGACGACCUCGACUUUUGGACCUCGCCGCGCGAGGAGGGCGCGCCGCUCGCGUCGCUCGAGGUGACGCCUGACUCGCUCGGCGCUGAGCUGAUCCCGACGGACGAGAGCAACCUGGUCGUGCGCGCGCUCAGCCUCUACGCGGAGCGAGUGCCGUCGUCGCCCGCCAUCCACUGCCGGCUGCACAAGCGCAUACCCGCGCAGGGCGGCCUCGGCGGCGGCUCUUCGGACGCGGCGACCGCUCUGCACGCGGCCAACCGGCUCGCGGGCCUGCCAGUCUCGCAGGAGACGCUGAUUGAGUGGGCGGGCGAGCUCGGCUCCGACUGCGGCUUCUUCCUCUCCGCUGGCACCGCCUACUGCACCGGCCGCGGCGAGCUCGUCGACCCGCGCAGACCGCUGCCGCCGACGGCGUGCUACCUCAUCAAGCCCGCGGCCGGCCUAUCCACACCCUCCGUCUUCAAGGCGCUCGGCCUCGAGCCCGGCGAGGCCGGUCCCGCGGGUGCAGACCCCGCAGACCUCCUCUCGCGUUUCGAGGGGGGUGACGUGUACAAUCCAGAUCUGUACGUCAACGACCGGGAGCCACCCGCCUUUGAGCUGAUGCCCGAGCUGAGGCAGAUGUGCGACGACCUCCGCAAGUUUGGCUUCCAGGCGGUGAUGAUGUCCGGCUCCGGCACCACCUGCUUCGCCAUCGGCAUGCCUCUCGAGGAGGUGCAGGAGACGUGGGUGGACGAGCUGCAGGCAAAGUACGACGUCGAGGUCUUCGAGGAGAUGUUUUGCCGCCGGAUCGCGGACGAGCCCUCACUCUGGUACACCGAGCAGCCGCCCGGCGCGGUGCUGACCAACAUUGAGGAGCCCGAGCGCGGCCUCUUCCCGCUCUGAUCACCCGGCACACCCCGCCGCGCACAUUCGGAUAAAAAUCGUAUUGUCUAUUUGAUGACUAGUUGCAAUUACGGGUGCUGUCAUAAUGACCACUUUUGAUGUUUUUUUGUC